UUGCCAGACGUAUUAAUUUUUUGUAGAAUCAUCCACUUUGCUUCUCGUAAUAGUCAUAUCAAGCGAUUUUUAUCAAAUUCGGAUAACUAAUUUCAACCAGCAUUACGUCAAGUACUAUUUUGUAGCAUGGCAACAAUAUGUUCAAGUCUUUUCAUCAGAUUGUUGGGAUUUAUCAUAUUGAUGACCUAUAUCAUGGGUAAUGUACAUGCUACCGAUCAGGUUCCUGACAACCAAGUAUGGACCCCUGCAACAGCAACAUUCUUCUAUGGCCAGCCAAAAGCUAACAUCAGCUGCAAAUUUCUCGGGACUCCAUACGGUGUCUACUGGAUGAAAGGGAGUACCCCAGCUACUUACACGCUUCUAUCUCGCAUACAAGGAAAAGUAUCCGGACCAAGGUUUGACGAUGGGUCGCUUACUAUUACUGAUGACUACUCUCUCGUCUUUAAUAACGUUCAAGCUGGUGAUGAAGGCAAUUACAUAUGCAGAGUUUCAAAUCAUAACGGCUUUGUGAUCGAGAAUAACACUGACGUCAGGGUUUUAGAACCAAGCGUUAUAAGAUGGGCCGGGUAUACGGUCAAUCUUCAGUGUGCUUUCAGAGGCACCCCUGAACAAGUCCUCUGGAACAGAGUCCAAGGUCCAAGCGUCGAAACUGUCCUGAGAUACACGUCAGGUGGCUACGAGGUGCUUGGAGACAGGAGAUAUAGUUGGAGCGAUAACUACGGACUGAUCAUAAGGGAUCUACGGGUCUUGGACGAAGGGAACUUUACAUGUAUGGUUUCCAAGACGGGUGGAAGUAAGAUGCAAACCGCGACAGUCCUGACCGUACAAGGAUUAAUGUCGACCAUGAGCGAUUUAUGGUAA